AUGGACUCGUCGCACCGUAAAAUCGAACUCCAAUCCCCCUCCGACCUCACCUACCUCACCUCCCAAAUCCGCACCGCCGCCCGCCAAAAACUCGACCUGCACCUACCUCCCGUCACCUCGUCAACCGCCGAACCCGACGACCUGCGCCGCAGCGUCGAAGACCUCGUCGACGCGUUUGUCGCCCAAGUACUACGCGGCAUGCGGCAAAACAUUAGCAUAAACGGGAUUGACAUCAUCAGCGGCGCCGACGGCACCUUUGCCGAAUCCGCCAUGCAAGGUCUAGCAGAAGAAGAAGACGAAGAAACAAGCCAAGUCGAACGCGAAGAAUUCGAAGCCUUUGACGAGAAGCUGCGCUCGAAACUGGGAGAUGCGGUCGCGAGGCGCGAUGCGCUUAUUGCACGGAUUAGUCAGCAUAGGAGGGCGACGCCGGCGGGCGCGGCCAAGGCGUUUGAAGAGAGGUUUGCGACCGAGGAGCUCGAGGCCGAGGCCGCGUGGGCCCGCGUUGAGGAGAGGGUUGGCGAGGUAGAGGUGGCGGCCGUGGAGAGCGGGGUUAGGCAGGAUGAGGUGCAGAGGAAUUGGGAGAGGGCGGUGGAGGGCUUGCAGGCCUUGAAUAAGGCGUUGCCUGAGACGAGGGCGAGGUUGGAGAGGGCGGGGGAUGUGGUGGGGUAUUUGGGGGGGAAGUAA